AUGGGCUCGCAGGCCAACAACAACUGCGGCUCCUUCUGCUGGUGUUACUACAACUUCUACUGCAGGGGUCACCAAACAGUCCGCAACUACCAACAAUACUGCAACUCCCCCUCUCCCUCCUCCGUCCGUGCACCUUUGAUCAGCAAGAUCAACGUCCAAGCACACUCAACCUCUCUCCCUGACGACAACAGCCACCCCAAGCCACCUUCAUCACCCAUCCUCCUUGUGGCAACCUCUUCAACCAUUGCCCCCUCUACCUCAGCAGCACCCUCUCGCCUUCCCCCCAUUCCUCUGCGAACAGAGUCACCCACCGCUGCCCCGUUCUUCCCUGCAGCAGAUCCUGCAAAAAAAUCUCGACCGGCACCAAAACCCAGGCUAACUACGGCUGGCCUCACUCUCCUCACCACCUGGAGCGACGUCGAAACCACCAGCGUCGCAGCCUUUUUCGGAGACACUGACGACAACCCAUUCAUUCCUUCGCCAGAGUUCACUUCGACAAACCGAACCUCACCUGUUGCAAGUCCAUUUAUCUCAGAGCCUACUAUUGCUCCAGCUCCAGAAGCCUCAACAGAAGCACCGACAGCAGAACCUACAACAGAGGCAGCCGAAGCAAGGCCUCCAACAGAAGUAGCUGAAGAAGAGCCAGAGGCUGUCACUGUUCACUCGCCUGUUACCAUCGCAUUUAUCUCUGCCGCGAACGCCGCCUCGAUCCGAGUUUCAGCCCCACUCGCCUCGGUUGUCAAACCCAAGGAAUCACCUAAGACGCCUCAAGAUCUGAAAGAGGCCGGUCCUCCUCCGCCAUCUCCACAAGAGCAGGGACAAGUACAGCAACAGACGCCUUCACCACCGCAGUCUCCUCCUCCUUUUCCUAAGGUCUCUGAACCAGAGCCUGUCAGACCUACUGCCGAAAAAGAGUACAGUCCUACAAUGGCAAACCCCAAGAACAAGGGACCAGUCGCAAAGGUCGAUAUACCAGCUGUCAAUCCCUAUGCAGCCUUUGUCGCCGCUUGCGAUCCCGAUGGCACCAUUUCCGAUGGUCGAGUCUAUGUUGGCACCAAGAGUCACCACCUCGAUAGGCCAAUUCCACCGCGUCCCGCUGUGCAGUCAGCCAAGCAUACCUUUUCGUUCCCUCAGUCUCAGGGACGACCUCAAGGGGCUUCUGGGCCUCCCCUGCUCCAGUCUCAGCCCCGACCUCAGCCUCAAACUCAAGCACAGGCCCAAAACAGACCUGCCCAAUCACAGGGGGCAUAUCAUGCUCCGCCCAACAUGCCUUCUGGACGGAAGCCUAAUCCCCCACAGAGCAACUAUAGAGGCAACAAACCGCCUCAGCCUCAGUCUGGGGCCCCGCGGACGUUGGCCGACUCCCGUUGGUCUGGCAGGACCCUGGCCACUGCCGCAGCCUUGCCCGAUGGCUUCUUCAGCACUGCCAAAGCUGGAGUCAAAUCAUCCACCCCGGCUUCUCAAGCCAGGCCACAGUCGGCCAACCGUGCUCCAUCUCCUCAGCAGCAGAAGCGUCAACUCGCGUCUAAUUCUGAUCAGGCUUACAACAACACACAGAGAGCCUUUUCUUCCAUGAGCACCUCGAACCAAGACAAGCCCAAGCCUGCGAACUCUCCUCGCAAUGGCCAAGCACCUGGCCCACAGCAGAACCCAUAUCAACAACAACAACAGCAACAACAACAACAACAACAGCAACAGCACCCGCAGCAACAACACCCGCAGCAACGUCCACAAGGCACAUCAGUUAACGGACGCUCUGGUCCCCACAUGACGCCCUCCUACCAAGGACCAUCGAGCCGGUCUACCCGUGACGACGAUUUCAGCGACGACGACCGGCCGUCGUCAGCCUCUAACCGAACAGCCCGGCCAAGAACGUCCCCGGCGGAAAUUCCUGGAGACCCUCGGUUCUUCCAGUACAACGUAGGAGACGGCUGCCACAUGGUGGUGGCCAUGUACAUGGAGAAGGACGCCUCGGCGGCUCUAGCCCGUUUCCCUCAACUGGCUCGAGUCCGGAAUGACUCGAGCUCCAGCGUCAAGUCUGUGGAUGAAGUGACGCAGAUAUUUAGGAGCGCGGUGAUCGAGGAGAAGGAGAACCUUAAGAGCAAGUGA